CGCCGGGCGCCACAGCGCCCCCUAGCGCCACAGUGCCAAGAGACUCCGGCCUGGAUCUGAGGUGCCCGGUUUGUCAGGGCCACCUCCUGCAGUUUCACCUUCGAAGACAGAAGCAACAUCCCCAGAGAGGCUCUGUCCCACCAGGUCUGGUUGCUGUUCUCCUCACAAGCUCCAGGCUCCUGCCCUACGUCCACAGAUGAAGCCACAUCCUCACAGGCAAAAACCAGACACAGUAACCUUUCAGCUGCCAACCUAUCAUGACUUUCGGAAUCCAAAUUUAAGGGGCUUGCGCCAAUCAGAGAGAGAAGCCUAUCAGUUAAUUGUGGAGUUCAUAGGACAAGAACAGAUGUCCACAGUAGACAAGCAGAAUUUCCUCAGGGCUGUGGAAAUCCUGAGUGGUGCUGUGCGUGCUGAGGGAAAUGGCAACAUGAACAAUUAUUAUCCCAAAGCCAUCCUGGCCAAGAAAAUUGAGACAUUGAUCCUGGAAGAAUCCACCGAGAUCUUGGACAGCAGCGUGCGUCAGCAGGCCAUGCUCUGCAUCGUGGCUCUCAGCCAGGUGAAUCCACCGUUCCACUUAUCUGAGAUACUGGACCUGGUCAGCGUAGGCGUCUCCAGCGUGUUCUCUCUGCCACUCAUCAUGCCCAGUCUCGACAGAAAGGACAGCGCUAGUCUCUACCUCCAGGUGACCCAGGCCUUAGAUGACAUGUUACAAGCUCUUGUGAUGGACACUAUGGAUCCCAACAUGCUCAUACUGGAAAACUUCCUGGAGAUCAUCUUGCCUUGGUUAACGCAGUCAGACAAAGUGCAUGAGCAGACUCGGGCCUUGGGCACCAUCUCCCGGUUGCUGCGAUUUGUUUGCAAUUUCCCCACACUGCUGCACAUGGAGUCGUUUUCCAUGAGCGGGAAGCUGAUAGGCAUCCUGGGCCUCUUCUGCUUGAACUCCAGCCAUGAGAUCAGACUGGGGGCGUCAGAGGCUUUGCAUUACUUGUCCAAAAUCCUUGUGCUUCAGCGAAGUGUGAGGCAGAAGACAGUGAACAUCCUGAGGAACUUGCAGAAGCAUUUCCGUGGGGAGUGGUUCGCCAGCAUGCAGAAUGUCACACUGUUCUUCAGGAAAUACCUGACCCCUGUGGAGAGAGCCGACGUGAUCAUGGUGACCAUGGAGAGCAUGACCAGCUCCAGCUGGGAUGACAUCUAUGCCGCCUCCAGCAUGCUGGAGAUAAUCCUGAAGUACUCUAUUCCAGAAAUUGGGAAGGUGUCAGAAAUCAUCCAGUACAUUUAUAUCCACAUGAACAACAUCACUGAGCCCACCGCCCAGAACACCGUAAAGAAGGUCCUGUACCUCCUGUCCCAGGCCUACACGGAUGAAGUGAUCCUGACACUGUUUAAGAUACAGGACCAGACGGAAAAAGAGGUGUGCAAACCGUGGGAGAUCCUGGCGUCCUUCCCGAAAGGCUGCGAAGUCAUCAUGAAGCAUCUGCUGCAGAGGCUGGUUCCACAGCAGGCUCCUCAGGACCGGGAGCCCAGCCAGAGAGCAGAGAUCUCCCCGCUGAUUGCCACCAGGGCCAUCCAUGAGCUUCUGCUGGAGUCGAGUCAGCAGAUGGAGGUGCAGACCUUCUUCUCCCCUCUGUUCAUCGCGCUACUCUUCCAGACCUCUUUCCUCAUGGUGGAAGGGAAUGCAGAAAUGAUCCAGGAUCAGCGACAUGUAGCUGAGUGGGUGGACCCUGUGAGUUCUACCGUGAAGGCCUUGAAGACCCUGCUGCUUAGCUCCGGUUAUGGGAACUUUGAGUCUGAGAUUGAGAAACUCGGGGGCUGGGAGCUGCUUGUUGAUCCUGAAAGGCACCAUGACGGAGUCACUGUGGUGGCCAGGUGCCUGGUCACGAAGCACUGCUGGCACAACUGCCCUAUCUUUGGCCUCCUCAUGAAGAUGCUCCAGGACCCCAAUUGCACCAAUCAUUUCACAGCCCUGGUGUUCCUGAUGGAGCUGCUCCAGUGCCCAGAUGUGACGGCCAUAGUGGAUGACUUUGUCAUCCACAUUCUGGCCAACUGGUUCAACUGUAAGGAGCCAGCCACAGUGAAGCUUCUGCUACAGAUGACAGAGGUCUUCACAAAGCACAAGAACCUGGAGAGGCGACUCCACAUCCUGAAGCCCCAAAUACUGAAUUGCUGCUACUCCUCCGAUGGCGACAUUGUGAAGGAGACUUUCCUGAUGCUGAAGCACCUCGUGGAGAACCUCAGCUGGCAGUACUCCUCCUCCUUCCUGAUUCAGCUCACCUUCACGCUGGAGCCCUUCUUCGAGGAGGAAUCCGAGCACCUGCGCUUGCUGGCCUUCCAGAUCUACAGCAGUCUUCUGGCCAAGGUGAAGAGGAAGGUGCUUAUCUUCCCCUUAAGGCACCAGAUCCUCAACGUGAUAGUCUUCCUGGUGUUGCACCUGCAGGAUGUGAAUUUGGACGUGGCUCAGGCCUGCCAGGUCAGCCUCUGCAGCACAGCUGCCCUGCUGUGCUGGUCAAAGCUCAGAGAAGUCUUCACCAAGGAGGAUGUUUUUACCAUCAUCGGGGCCCUGCUGCAGCAGGAGACAAACAAAGCCCUCUGGUUUCUGAAGCAGUGCGUAGCUUCAUUCAAGAGCACCCAGGUCCCCAUUCGCCAGGCAGCUGUGUGGUUUGCAGGACAGAUCCUGCAAACCCUGGACUUGGAAGAGAUGAACGAAAUGGAGGAGGCGUAUGCGGCCCUGAGGCACAUGAGGAGAGACCCUGAUCCCAUGGUCAGCUGCCUUGCCAUGCAGACCACUCACGUCCUGGAAGCUAAGGAGAAGCUGCUGUUGGCCAAGCCCCCUAUUUCCUGCCUCUGUAGGAGGAGACCCCAAAGGGGCCACUUAUGAGCCUGCAUCCUUGGGUUGAAGCUGAAGGCCUGGGCCCAAGACUGACAGUGGCCAGCCUCUUGAGGCCUGCAGCAGAAAUGCUCUGGCUGCUCUAAUAAAAGGAGAAAUCCUGUACUUCUGUGGCAGUAGAUGCCAAUUCUUGGCUGUCUGGGGUAGAGCCAUGUGUUGUGAGCCAGAUGUUCAGCAGCAAACAUCUGGGUCCAGGCUGGCCUCGCCCACACUGCUCUCUCUGCCCUUCUCCCAUUCAGCCCAGUGAUCUGAGCCCAGAGAAAGCAG